AUGGAGGACGAGGACGUUGCGAUCUGCUUACUGCGCAGUCUGCCCAAGAGUUUCGAGAACGUGGUUCUCAACUUGGAGAUGAGCAGCGCAGAGCUUCAAUCGCGGGACGUCGUGAAAGUGCUCACGAACGAGCAUGUCAAGCGGCAAGGUGCGAAGGCUACGGUGGUGAAGACUGAAGACGCGGCCAAGGCGUUCAGUACCGAGCGUGAACCGCAUCAUUGCACGUACUGCGGAAAAUUGGGGCAUACGGUGGACCGAUACUGGACCAAGCAGAAGGACGAAAAUCAAGGUGGAGCUCGACGCGGCGGCAACAAUGCUCGUGGACGCGGAGCCAACAACGUUCAGUGGCGAACCAACAGCAACUACGACGACAACUACGAUCGAGUUGCAUUCGCGGUUUCGCUUGAGUGUGGAUUAUCGACGGGCAAGAAUAUGCCAGGGAUGUGGGCAGUCGACAGCGGUGCGACGCAUCACAUCUGCAACGACAAGACCAAGUUUGCAAGCCUGAAUGAGCGAGAGGAAGGCGAAUUAUCAGUGGCUGAUGGCAGCAAGGCUGCGAUCAAGGGUGUGGGAACCUUUAUGGAACGGGUGGUUCUGCCCAAUGGUGACGAACGCGACAUCGAGAUCAAGGACGCGCUGUUCGUACCAAGUAUGAGCAAUAAUCUGCUUUCGAUGCCACAGAUCAAGAAGGGUGGCAAAUUCCAAGUCGUGUUCGAUGGGUCCAAGAUGAAAGUGAAGCGCAAGAAUUCCACACAACUCGUGGCAACAGCGGAUCUUGUCGAUGGACUUUACUGGCUGCGGACUCCUCAACGAUCGGCAAAUGCAGCAACACGCAAUGGGACUAUCGACUUGCAUGCGCGCAUGGGUCAUGCACCCCUUGAAGUUCUGCGCAAGAUGGUGGCCACCGGCAUGAUCAAGGACGCCAAGGAACCUCUCAACUCGACUGGUUCAAGUGUGUGUCGCGGUUGCAAGCAAGGAAAGAUGGUCCAGAAACCAUUCCCAACCAACCGUGACAAACGUCAAUAUGGUGUGUUCGAGUUGCUGCACUUCGACAUCUGCGGGCCAAUGGAACAAGUCUCGAUCGGCGGCAGCAGAUACUUACUGCUCGUGGUUGACGAAGCCAGCGGUUGCAUGAAGGGCUUCUGUCUGCGGUCCAAGUCUGAGAGUAAAGACUGUAUCAAGAACCACAUUAUCAAGAUUCAGACUCAGUUCGGCACGAAGAUCAAGUUUGUUCGGCACGAUGGAGCGCAUGAGUUUGCGACCAGCUCGAUCAAGACCUUCUACGAAGAUCAUGGUAUCGAACAACAGGUCACGGUGCCGUAUGCACACCAGACCAACGGCACCGCAGAACGCGCAAUAAGGACCAUCGUCACGAUCGGACGCAGCUUGUUGCAUCAUGCAAAGCUGGAGAAGUGUUUCUGGGCUGAAGCGGCAGUGACGGCGAUCUACAUCAAGAACCGCCUGCCUUCACCCAAGAUCGACCACAAGACUCCGUUCGAGAUCGUGUACAAGUCGAAACCAAGUGUCAAGCACAUGCGCGUGUUUGGAUGUCGGGCGUUUAUCCUGACACCAAGGGAGAAGCGAUUGAAGUGGGACCCGAAGGCUCGUUAA